AUGCCACAGAUACGCUUCAAGCAGCUAGGAGAGUCUGGGCUUCAUGUGUCACCACUAAUCAUUGGGUGUGCGGGUUACGGCAGCAAGAACUGGGCACAGUGGGUAAUGGACGAUGAGGAGGAAAUCUUCCGAAUACUCAAAAAAGCCUAUGACGUCGGACUCAGGACGUUUGAUACCGCCGACUUGUAUUCGAAUGGUACGUCUGAGAUGCUCCUCCGCAAGUUUUUGGCCAAGUUUAACAUUCCUCGGUCAAAGGUGGUGAUUCUUUCGAAGGUAUACUUCCCUAUCAAUCCCGACGCCAACGGGGCUCGCAUCAACGAGGGCGACGACGACUUUGUUGAGUUCGAGUGGGCCAACUCGCGUGGGUUGUCGCGGAAAUACUUGUUUGAUGCUGUUGCAGCCUCGGUGGACCGAUUGGGAACAUAUAUCGAUGUGCUUCAGAUCCACAAGCUCGACAAGUCCACGCCCAAAACCGAGAUCAUGAGGGCACUCCACGACAUCGUGUGCCAGGGCCAGGUGCGUUACAUCGGUGCGUCUUCCAUGAAGGCGGUGGACUUUGUCCAGUUGCAAUUUAUUGCUGAUAAGUACAACUGGACCAAGUUUAUCAGCAUGCAGAACUUCUACAAUUUGCUCGCACGCGAGGAGGAACGAGAAAUGAUUCCAUUCUGCCACCACAACGAGUUGGGACGGGUGGCAGUCAUUCCGUGGUCGCCCAACGCCCGGGGCAUCUUGGCACGUCCCCUCGAUGCGGUUUCGCAGCAUAACCGUUCGACAGACACCGACCCCACCAUCGAAGGCGUGGGGCUCCAUGUGUUGACUGAAGCCGACCGGGAGAUCAUUACCCGAGUGGAGAGCGUUGCCAAACGCCACCAGGUGAGUAUGGCGGUUGUGGCCACCAGCUGGGUGAUUGGCAAGGGUGCUAUUCCUAUUGUGGGGAUCAAUUCGGAGGCGAGGGUGGACGACAUUCUCGGUGCGGUAGCGCUUCAGUUGACGGAAGACGAGAUGUCGUACUUGGAGGAGCCGUACGUGCCCAAAGUCGCACUCGAUUAG